UCGUGGUUGUGCAAUAGAUUGAGUGAUGACGCUCACCGGCUUGUUUAUUGCACAAAGCUGACGGGAAACCUGACAUUGCAUGAAAUGUGCUUACUAUUACAUAUAACGGAGCUUUCUACCUGCUGUCAUUCAUAAAAUAACUUUACAGCCGACAUGUAGACGACAGCACACGACCAAAGUCUAAGCUUACCGGUAGUAGGCCUACAAAUCAGUUUAAUGAUAUUACUCUUUUAAGAACUGUUUUACUGUUUUUGACAGAAUGACAAUAUUUCUACGCAUGUGAGAAACAAAAUUCAGCUUAAUGAAAACCAAAAAUUAAUAGAAAAUCUUAGCAGAUACUAUUUAAACUUUCCGAAAAUGCCGGGACGAGGAAUGAGAGGAAGAAGGGGACGAGGUCGUGGAAGAGGGCGUUAUGGUCGGGGCAGAGACCUCCAACCUGCUGACCAGUCGUCUCGCUCUGGGGAAGAAGUUGAGAUUGCCUUAGCACCUGAAGAUUUGGACGUAAACAAGAACGCGAGUAGCUAUUUUAUGGGAAAUGUGACAUUUGACCAGCAUUUUAAAGGUCAGGAAGCAAACAGAGACCGAUAUGCAGCGGCUAUGGAUGUGAUGGUGAAAAAUGGAGUGGAGAUACCAAUGAAUGCCCGUGCUAGAUCCCUAGCAGCUGCUUGGGCAAGGAAUGACAAAGAUCUGUCUGAAUCCUUGUUGCGUUUGAGGGGAACUUUCGGACUGGUUGAGGUGCUGAAAGCAGUUACCUUAUUGGAUGCAGGACGAAGUGCAAGGACAGUUGAGAGAAGAAUAAAACAGCUUCAGAUCCAGAAAACUCCAGUCAAAUCAAAAACUCUAGGAAAGCUAAAAUCCAACCUGGAUAAUUUGCUGGUCCUCAAAACCACAGCAGGAUCAGCAACGGGUUCGGUCAGUAAAUACGUAAAGAAAUGGGUGCAAACAUUAACAGCUGAUGAACUGGAGUUCUAUGCUCUACACUUUCCGACGGAACCAUGGAAAAAACUAGCUGAUAUUUGCCAUUUCAAUUCAGAAAAGGAUUUCCACAUGCUGCCAUGGUUUCUACCAUUUUGUUUUGGAGCGUCAGCGCCUGAUGGAUCUCUUGCACUUCACUGCCGAAAUGUGACAGCAGAAAAUGUCAACGAUCUCUUAAAGGAGUAUGCUAUUCCUUACAGCCACAUCAAACCCCUCACUGACAAACUGACUGAUGAGUCAAAAGGCUGUGUGGCUGACAAGGAGGUCAAACUGGACACUGCAUUGUGGUACUAUGAAGAUCUACAGUGUAAGGAGGUUGACCAGGCUAUUCAGGCCAGACUGGACGCGGGUCAUCAGGUUACACUGGCCACUGGGAAACUAAUGGAGCGAUUGCUAGUCCUGCGGAUGAUUCGGGAGGGAAUGAAUCUCCAGUCAUUGGACGACAUAUAUUUUAAAUGGGACUGGGAGAGAUCACCUGAUGGUCCAAAUGUUUUUGAGAGGACGCCCGAUUACAGCAAGGCUUCAUUUUCCCAAAGCCUACAGCUACAUGCAGAGAAGAGGCUUCAGCAUAUCAGUCUGCCCUUGGAAGCACCUAUAGUUGUCAUGGGAGACGCCUCAGGGUCUAUGGAAAUUGCGAUCAGAACAAGCUCUAUCAUAGCGGGCAUAUUAACAGCUGUCACAUCGGCCAAGCUAGUCUUCUUUGAUGACCUGAAUCGUGAGGCACCAUUCUUGCCAAAAACGGUUGAGGAAAUUUUGAAUCUUGCAAUCUCAACCAAAACGGGUGGAGGAACAACUCCCGCGGCCAGUCUUUACCCCUUCUAUAAGAACAAAGAGACCGUGAAAACCUUCAUUGUGGUGACGGAUGAGGAGGAAAAUGGAUCGGUGGAGGUUGAGGAAGAAGGGGAGAGUUGAAAAACUACCUAUUCAGUCAGUUAUUUAAAAAGUACCAUGAGGAAGUUUACCCUGCCAAACUGGUGUUUGUGUCAUUUCUCAACCAGACACAGGAUGGACAGAUGGUUUCGGAGCUCCGAGAGGCAGGGUUUAAACCUCUUCAGUUUAAGUUUGACAAGGACAGGCCUGACUUGUCCAAACUUGACCGGAUGUUUGGUCUCAUGUCGACAGAGACAGCCACCUUUGAUGAGGAAAUGGACCUUGUAGAAAAGACAAUUAAAACAGAAGGACUUCAGAAAGUGUUCGAGAAACUGCAGAAUGUAGCUUAAUGAUAUGUGAAGUUUUACUUCAAAUCAAAAUACUCUUCAAAAUCAUGAAACGAUGAACAGUAGCCAUUGGACUCUCAUCGGGAUUGAUGCAAUACAUGUACAUUAGUCUUUCUACAUACAGAGAAAAUAUAGGUUUUGAAAACCAAGGGCCCAUAUUCAAGAAACCAUUCUCAUACUCAAGCUAGAAAUCUGUGCUCAAAAGCUAUCUAAAAGAAAACCUAAACAUCGAAAAUAAUAUCUCGCAUGUAAGUAUUUUUGGAAUGACUUCAAAUAAUUGAAAAAAUAUUAGUGAUAUCAUAUAUUGAUUUAGAUUGAUUCAUCACCCAAAAGUAUUUGUGUCCGAACACAAAAUGUGUAUUUGAGCAUGAGUACAUUUCCGUGAAUACAGGCCCUGUUCACCCUUCGGAAAUGUUAUGAUUUGUGAUAUUUAUUGAUAAUUACCAGGUAUGUUUUAUUAUAUAUAUAUACAUCUGUUAGAUCAUGCAAGUAAUAUACAUAACAUAUAUACAUUUUUAUCGUGCAACUGGCACCGCAUUGUUGGAAUACACCCACCAUAUAUACCAUAUAUUUUGCUGUAUAUGGCAGUAACGGAAAACAGCUGUAUUUUAGAAUCUUAGCAUUUGCGCAUAUUCAACUGACCUGAUUCCAAGUGAAAAAACGUUUAAAAGGCAAACAUAUUUGGGACAUUGUUGAUACCAUUUCACUUUGAAAUGCUUAUUUUUGAGGACUGUUGCAGGAUAAAUAGAAUACAUGGUCAGUAUCUUAAGAUAUAAGCUGUAUUUUUGGCUCGGGACAGAAAGACAAAAGUAGCUCGCCACUUUUGUCUUUCUUUACCCUCGCCAAAAUAGGCACAAAAAGACACCGACUAUGUAUUCUGUAUGUACAAUAAUUUGUUUUAUGAAAAUUUACCUUUUGUAUGGAUUGAAUCCUCAUUGUCAUUAACAGUGAUAUGAUGUUUGAUCAGUUGAUAAACUAAACCAGCAUAGCACAUGUAGAACAUUAUUUUUAGUUUGAUUUGCAUGACGUGCCAUUGGAGUUAAUCUCCAAUCUGUCUAUAGCUGGUGUUGAUAUUUAGGGAAGCAUACAUGGGGAAGGGCUAUAUAUUUUUUUGUUUCCAUUUUCAAAAUAACAACAAAAGAUUAGUGUUACUUCGAAAAGCAUCAGUUAUUAAAUAUUAAAAUGUCUUAUUUAUACAAAACAGUGCAAGAUUGUUUUUAAUAUAUUCAAUAUGUUGUGUAACAUGGAUUUUGUGUUUAAAAUAUAAUUUAAAUAAAACACAUUUUCAGCA